CUGAGAGCUUUCCUGUUCUGCAGGUAUAUAAGAUCGGCCCCCCACGACCGAAAUUACAAGCAUUGUUGUGUAGAUGUGCUCACACGAGAAUCUUCUACUCACCUUGUGGAUCCUGAGGCUGCGGCGCUGAGUCUUCGGAAUGUGAAGUAUAUCACUUGUUUCACGAUUUAUGAGAUUAUUGUUUUCUAAGAUAAUCAAAGUGUUUGUAGUGAAAUUUUCUGAGGUGAAAAAAAUCUCUGUUGUAUUGACAACAACUUGGAGAUGUCGAAACAAUCCAUCCACUAGUCUACAUUUUGUUUUGUGGUAGAAAUGGGCGACGACCUCAAGACUGUCUUAUGUGUGAGAGGCUCAUCGUCGACUUCUAGGUCGGAGAAAGCCCUCGAACGAAAUGUUCCGUUUGAAGCAGAACGCUACACUGAUCAGAAUGCCUCCAACACGUUGCCUAGCGACGGUAUUAAGAGUCCAUCCGGGCCACACAUACAGAACAUGACAUCGGAUGUGGCGUCCAGUGACAUCAGAAACAACCCCGGCGAGCGAUCUUCAAGAAAGCAGGCCCCACGGACUCACGAGGUGCCCACCAUCCAGGUCGACUUCUACGAUGACGACGAAGAAGAUGAGGAAGAGCAGUCGCCUCCUCCUCUAUCCGCGGAUGACAAGAGACUGACACGAAAGACCGGAGUGUAUCACAAACCUCACUUCGAUGACAAUCAUUUCGUCAAUGCAGAGGUUUCACGAAGCGUUAACUUCUUUGACGAUGCUGAUAUUGAUGACGAUGACGAUAACGAUGAUGACGUUAGAAACAAUGAAAACCAUGACAGAAGAGGGAAGGGUGGCAAGACCGCGCAAUCCGCCUCCAAGAGAGAAGAGCGAACCCCAGCAUCCGUUACUCCUGACCACCGAAUAAAAGAUGGCGGGUUCGUACUGGAUUCGGGGAUCGAUUCGGAAGAAACAGGAAACCUGUCCCGUAAAAUGCAGUCUGGUCGUGAUGUCUCUCAUGGGAGCGAAGUACCAACUGGCAAGGAUUUCAAUCCUGACGAUUCCGACUCUUCUUCUCUUCACAGCACGAAGGCCACCAGUUCGAAGCCCACUCUACGCCCAGUCCAGGAAACAAAAACGACGCGAAAGAUCAGCUUUGAAGUAAAUGACGAUGACGAGGGAAGUGAGAAAGUAAGAUUUUCUCCAUGCAGUACCCGCAGGCCUAGCAUGCAUCCUGCUUACGAGAAGAAACUCAUGGUCAGUGCUAUGAAGGGAGGGAGAAAGAUUUCCCAGGAGUCGUACUCCCAGCAGCACAAGCUCCCAAUGACAGGGGCCGGCAGGCGAAUCUCAGUCCAUCAGAGGAAGAUUUCUGGGGGGUCCGAGGGUGGAGGCAGUCUGGGCGCCAACAUGGUGCCGAGCAGAAAGGGUUCCAUGGUGAUGAUCGAGAAAAUUCCACAGAUCAUCAAGGAGUCGCUGCAGAGCUACUUGGAGCAGGUCGCAGACCCUGCCUUCGCGAUGCAGGAGAACGAGGAGGAGGACGAUGACGAGGACUCCGAUGAUGUCAUGAAGUACCGGACAUCCAAGAUGCCCCGGAUGUCCAUCUUUUCCACGUGGAGCUACGGCAGCAACCAGUCGGAUGCCACGUUCUACGACCCCGAGGAGUCGCUACCGAAGCUGGACCACUAUGGUUAUGUACAGGCGCUGCCGGAUAUGAGUGGUUACAGGGCCAGACCGACCUUAUACCAGCUCAGGGAAGAACCAGAAGCGCCUCUUCGUUCACCAGCUGACCUCGGCCGUGACUUGGAAGAUGCUGACGUGGAAGAGGGUAAAGGUGAAGAGAAGAAAGCUAAGGAAGCGCCAGUCUCCCAGAAAAUGGGAUGGAUACAAGGAGUGCUGGUUCGAUGUCUGCUCAACAUUUUCGGUGUCAUGCUCUUCCUGCGCCUGACGUGGAUGACAGGGCAGGCUGGGAUCGGUCUCGCUUCCGUCAUUGUACUCAUCUCCUCCUUGGUGACCACCCUGACCACGAUGUCCAUGGCGGCCAUCUGCACGAACGGCGAGGUCAAAGGAGGUGGAGCCUACUACAUGAUAUCUCGCAGUCUGGGACCAGAAUUUGGCGGAGCCAUUGGAGUUAUCUUCUCGUUAGCCAACGCAGUGGCGGCCUCCAUGCAUGCCGUGGGUUUUGCCGAGACUUUGCGAGAUCUGCUUUAUAAAUACGACAUCGCAAUCACUGGCGACCUUCUUCACGAUGUCAGAGUGAUUGCCAGUGGCACCAUGGUGCUCUUGCUGAUCAUUGUGCUCAUCGGCCUGGACUUUGAAAGCAAGGCACAGCUUGUCCUUCUUGUCAUCCUCAUCGUCUCCCUCUUCAACUAUUUCAUCGGCACCUUUCUUCCUCCGUCUGAGGAGAAGCGGCGCGUUGGCUUUGUAGGAUAUCACGGGUCCGUUUUCCUGCAAAACGUUGGACCGGACUUUCGAGAAUCUGACGGAACUGACUACGACUUCUUUAAAAUAUUUGCCAUCUACUUCCCCUCGGCCACCGGUAUCCUAGCUGGAGCUAACAUAUCCGGGGACCUGAAGAAUCCGUCAAAAGCCAUUCCUCGUGGCACCUUCCUCGCCAUUCUGAUCACGACGAUUGUGUACCUGGCCAUCGUGUGGACCUGUGGCAGCUGCAUGGUCAGAGACGCCGUUGGAGCAGCAGUUGCCAACGCCUCCAACAUGUCUUUGACUUUGGAAGACAUUCAGACUUGUGGCAACGUGUCUUGUAGCUUCGGACUUCAGAACUCACAUGCGAUUAUGGGCGUGGCCUCUGCUUACGGCCCUCUUAUCUACGCAGGUGCGUUCUCUGCCACCUUGUCCUCUAGCCUCGCUUGCCUCGUCAGUGCCCCAAAGGUGUUCCAGGCCCUCGCCAAGGAUAAACUCUUCCCCUUUAUUGGAAUAUUUGGCAAGGGGUAUGGCAAAGGUGGCGAACCACGCCCGGGGUACAUUCUGACAUUUGUCAUUUGUGUCGGCAUGAGCUGCAUAGGUUCUUUGGACAUCAUCGCUCCAAUCAUUUCCAACUUCUUUUUGAUGGCUUAUGCACUAAUUAAUUUCUCCUGUUUCGAUGCCGCGUUUGCCAAUUCUCCAGGGUUUCGACCGUCAUUCCAUUUCUUCAACAAGUGGCUGAGCUUGCUGGGAGCUCUCAUCUGCCUCGUCAUUAUGUUUCUUCUCAAGUGGUGGGCUGCCCUUGCCACUGUUAUCAUGGUCAGCGGUCUCUAUGUCUUCCUCGUCCGCCGAAAGCCAGAUGUCAACUGGGGUUCAUCAGCCCAGGCGCAUGCGUAUAACGACGCGCUGAAAUCAACCCUCAGCCUGAUGAAUGUUAAUGAGCAUGUGAAGAACUUCCGUCCACAGAUUCUAGCUUUGACGGGAUACCCACGGAACAGACCUGCCUUGGUGGACUUCACUUCCUGCAUCACCAAGCGUCAAAGUCUUCUUGUCUGUGGCCAUGUGUUUGUGGGUGACAUGCAGCGCCACGUACGUCAUCUCCGGUCCACUGCAGCCUACCGAUGGUUCAGUAACCGUGACGUGCGCGCCUUCUAUUCCAGUCUCGCUGCCCCUACAAUACGUCACGGUGUACAGGUCCUGCUGCAGUCGCAAGGGCUGGGCAAACUGCGGCCAAACACACUUCUGAUGGGCUUCAAGACCAACUGGCAGACGGCGGAACCGCCGUCCGUCCACAACUACGUCGGCAUCAUUCACGACGCCUUUGACCUCCACUACGGCGUUGGCAUCCUGCGUGUACCUGGCGGCCUUGACACACACAAGGUCAGCGAUGAUUUGCUUGACGCAACUGACGACACCUUAGAGGGUCUGGACGAAGACAAUGUUAGCAUGGAGGAAGGGGCGGAUUUUUCUGAGGACGAUGAUGCUGAAGAAAGCAGCAAAGACAAAGACAAGACCUCGGGUGGGCUAACAGAACCAUCCGGCAACGAUGUCAGUCUCAAGACCUUCAAGCACAGCCAAGGGCAAGGACACGUCAACAACGGGUACAUCGACGACCUAGUUAACGACAGUUCUGAUAACGAUGAUCACGCUUCUCAUGAUCGUCAAAACGACGACGCGAGCGAUGGGGACUCGGGCAAGAAGGCGAAGAAAAAGGACAAGAGAGGAGACAAAGAUGCUGAUGGCACUGCCAGAAACGAUGGCGACGAAGCACGUGACCCCAGGCCGGCGCAGUCCAGCGCGCUGUCCAAGUGUGAGUCUUCAGACGAUGCUCCGAGCUUCAACAGGUUCAGAGGCAAGCAACAAGGAACCAUCGACGUUUGGUGGCUCUUCGAUGACGGAGGUCUAGGACUCCUCGUGCCUUACCUGUUGUCCACCCGCAAACAAUGGAAGAACUGCAAGCUUCGUGUGUUCUGUGCCGGCACCAAGAGAUCAAACAUAGAUGCAGACCACAGGCAAAUGGCCACAUUGUUAAACAAACUCAGGAUCGACUGUUCUGAAAUAACAGUGGUACCGGACCUCAGGACAAAGCCAAAAAGAAGCAGCUAUAAGGAGUUCGAGGAAGUUAUUUACCAAUGGCGACUAAAAGGGGGAGAAUUUCAGGAUGACUAUCCAUGGAAGGUUUCAGACGCCGAUCUCGCCUCUCACAAAGAAAAGAUAUAUAUGCAGAUCAAAAUCAGAGAAAAACUUCUGGAAUUCUCCAAGGAUGCAUCACUCAUUGUCGUAACCCUUCCUGUUCCCAGAAAGUUUUGUCCUUCUGGACUGUACAUGGCCUGGCUGGACACUUUGUCUCGGGACCUGCCUCCCACACUUCUGCUUCGUGGAAAUCAGCAAAGUGUAUUGACCUUCACUUCUUGAUGGCACAUGGAGAAUGUUUGGCAAAAACAUCCAUUGCCCUGUGUUCUACUGAUACAAUUCUCGAUUUUCACAUGAAGAUCUUUUGUAAAUAGCUUGCACCAUUUAAAUGUAAAUACUUUACAUACUUACACCAACUGCAAUAGUUUGAAAAACACAAAGAAAAGAGAGAAAAAAAGUGUCCUUUGAAGUUAAUUUACUAAGAAUAACUUUUAUGUACCUUUUCUGAACAUGACAAAUUUUAAGACAUAAUCGUCAGUAACCUCAUAUGUUUUCAAUGUCAUUCCAACAGAAAGAAAAAAAGGGUUUGAAGAUAUAGAGAAGUAAAAGUUAUUAUUUCUGUUUUGAUGCUUUAAGUAUUAUUUGUGGACAUUUUCCGAACAUGCAGGUUUUUUCCCCCGAGUUUAUUAAUUUUUUCCCCACUGGUUUUAGAAAAUACAAACCAAUGUAGAAAAUGAUGUCCUUACUCUACCUGCAGUCUAGUGAGCUUUGUUACAGUAGGUGGCAAAUCACAAAAGUAUAACCUCCCGCUCUCACUCUCCUCCAUCCUCUCCUCAGUCAUCUUGUUUCCUCUUGUGACACACGCAACCUGAUCAUCAGAUUGAGACUGAACAUGGCUUGUUUGUUUUCUUCUUUCUUGGGCGUGUCUGGGAAAGUGAAAAAAAUAGUAUCCAUACUUCAUAUUCAUAUACAUGUAUAAAAAAAUUGUUUCUCCACAAACGUUGUAUGCAACCAUUGUGCGAUCACAAGUAAACAUCAUCAGCACAAUUACAGAC